AUGGCUCGGGGCCUUGCUGUGCCACGGGGUGCUCUGAGCCUGCCCACCGGUGCAAAACGGAGUGGGGAGAACCGGUGGGCCAGGGGGUCUCUGCCCCGCCACCUGCGCCCGGCUGACCCCCCCCGGGGCCGGAUCCAGCACGGGGAAAGCUGCCGCCAUCGGAACCGCUUCCUUGGCCGUGUUUGGGCUGACUGGUUCCUCCUGGACAGCCGGACCAUUCGCCACGUGGCCGUUGGCUUGUUCUGCUGUGGAGUCUCCAUCUACUUAACAGCUCUCGCCAUCUACAUGCUGCUGCUCUUUGAGAUGGAGACGGGCAUCACUGGCGCCUGCAUCCUGUCCUCGGGCAUCCUCGUCCUGCUCAUCACAGUGACGCAUGCCCUGGUCCGGGCCAAGCAGGUGGCACGGCGUGGCCGGACCCAGCUCUCCCACACCCUCUACGAGAACGACUCUGCCCAGCACGGCGAGGCUCCCGCCCGCCACCUCAACAACAGCAAGAAUGUGGCUGGGCCCCGGCCCCGGCCGGAGAUCCACCGGGAGUUUUCCUACCCACCGUUCCUGGAGCGGAAGGCCCCCUUUGCCUCGCCAGGCAGCAGCACCGUCAGCUCGGCAGGGAGCCCUGGGGCCCUGCCCGAAGGGAGCUGCAGCCUGCCCAGGACCCACCGGACGCUGUCGGCGGAGUCCGGCCUGCUGCAGGUGCAGGGCAAGCCCUGGAACGGGGUCACGCAGGAGAUGAAGAAUGUUCUGGCACGCAAGCCGGUGGCCACCGGGAAGGAUUCGACCCUGGUGUGAGCCCGGAGCAGGAGCGUUUGGUCCCGGUCAGCCACCCGCCCCGCCGCCCAGGCCGGCAUCUCUCCUGGAGCUCACGCCAAGCUGGUCCUGGCUCAGCCCAUCCCCGGCCUCCCUAAACCCACCUGAAGUGGGGGAAUCAACUGACUUGCCAUGAGAAGGGACUUGGUUCCACUCCCUGCCUCCUCCUCCUCCCACCCAGAGGGGUUUGUGGGGGCACGGAAAGCUCUAUCUGCCUCCCAUCGCUGGCUGGCAGCUCCUGCCCGUGCCCUCUCCCACCAGCACCUUGUCUGCUAGCCAGCUUGGCAACAGGCCGCCUGCUCACAGGCAGGGCGCUGGCUCUGCAAGGCUACAGCCUGGUGCCACCCUGCAAUGCCUCUAACCCUCUCCACAGUGGGGCAGGAGCAGGGCUGGCUGGAUGGCCCUUUGGAGCCCUGGAGUGACCAGCGAGGGGCUGUUACAGGGAAAGGAGUUUAUCAGGGCCUCAGCAUCCCACCUUCGCCUCUUCUUGCUAUUACCCAACGCUUGCCAGGCUCCCAGCACCCCCCUGCACAGUUUGCCUCUAAGAGGACCCUGCAGCCUUGCCCCUGGGUGAGGGCUGCCCAGUGCCCAUCUCAGGGCACCCGACGAUCUUCCAGCAGAACGCCGAGACCUGAGAGCUCAGGCAUUUUGGAGGCCAAGACCCAGCCAGAAACACCCUACAGGGCAGCCUAUUACCACUGAGGAGCCAGGAAGGCCCUGUGCAAAAUAAACCGUGCUCUCCCUUUGCAGCACGCAAGUCUCAGCAACUGCAUCAACUGAAGGAGGGACAGCCGGUGAGGCUGCAGCACUGAUGCCCAGCGCUAUCAGCCUGGAAACAGGCGCAGGCCAGAGGCUCCCAAGCAAGAGCAGGCUGACCAAGCAGCAGGCUCUGCGGAAGGCGGGGAUGUCUCACCAGUAGCUCCAGAGAGCACCGACCUGGGCUGCAGGCAGAGGAAAGCCAGGCUUGUCUGCAGGCAGGAGCUGGCAGGAGGACUUGUGGCAUGUGGGGCAGCAGAGCUCAAAGAAAACAGCCCACCAGGCGAUUUGGACGUCAGUACUUGAAGAACAGGCAGAACAUACCAGGCUUCUUCCAAUGCUGCUUCUAAACCAGGGCAUGGGUGCGACGGAGGUCAAGCGUGGCCCAUGGAGAUAGAGCUGCGGCCUGCCCCCUUUGCUAGCAGGUGUGUCAGCCAGCCAGGCCUCCAGGGAUGGGGGCACCACAAGUUCCGGGGCCACGUUCCCCAUGAAAUGUGAGAGCUGGAAACAAUCCUUGGGGUUUAGGUGAGGGGCAGCUGCUGGCAAACCAGCAGCAUAGCAAAGCAAGGGAGCCCACAGCCACAAACAUCCUUUUGCCCAGCCCCUGGCACUGCCAGCCUCAGCUCUGAAGCAGGGACGGGACAUUCAAAGCCAGCAGGAAGGUGGCGAGGGCAGCCAGGAGCCAGCUGUGCUUUUGAGGCCCUGGGGGAAUGAACACACCAGACUCAGACUAGCUAGUGCCAGACACUUUAGUAGCUUUGUUCAGGCUGCAAUCAGAGCAAAUCUUCCAGCUCCACAAUCAACCCCCCACCCGACAGCUAUGCAAGUGCCAAGUGACAAGCCCCCAAUCCAGCCCUUGACCCUGCUUCUCUUCCCUUUGACCCAGCAACACUGUUAGUACAGGAUGCCAACAUCAUGGAGCACACGUCCACGAAGGAAUGCUACCAGCCAGCAAAACAACCCCCUUUUUUAAUUCCAAGGGGCUGUGUUAUGCUGCAGUGAACCCUUUGUAAACAAGCUGUUUUCUUUGCCAAGUAAACAGAAUCUCAGCUUC